AUGCCACAAGGAUCCCCUCAUAAGUUAUUCUAUAAAGGAAAGGAAAAUGAUUUUGUUUUGUUCAUCGAUGAUCCAGAAUUGUUAGCUAAAUACAAAAAAGAGAUUGACGCCAAAGGUUCAUCCACUGUUCCAAUAAUCGACUUGGUUUCCAUAUUCAAGGUAUUUGUGAAUAGACAGAAAGGAGUAGAUGGUAUUUUAGAUGAAGCUUCUAAGCUGGAUUUGCUGAAUGAUUUUGGUACCUCCAAUAUCGAUCUGGUUAUUAAGAUUAUUCUUGAUAAGGGUGAUGAUAAAUCACGUUCGGGUGCCAUUGGUGACACUACUGCUUCCAAGAAUGAUUCUAAAGGUGCCGGUGAUAGUGGUAAUUAG